AAAGGUAAUAUGGGGAUUUCGGUUAUGUUGCUGAAGGAAGGAGGUGCUGGUGCAGCACUGCUUUCCUCUUCCAGCUUCUGCAAAAGCAACUAAAUUGCCUCCGUUCCUCUGCUCAUCUUGUUUGUUUUCCCCUCCAGCUUGUCUCUUCUACUGCCAAAAAAAAGACUGCGUGGAAACUCAGUUUCUCCUGCCUUGCUCUGUAUCACUGGCCUGUUCCUUCUUGAUGUGAAAAUACAUGAGGUUUUAGUCCAGCCAUAUAUAUUGGAGCUAACAGUGCCUGUGGAUGUUAGCCAGCCUGGGAAGGAGCCACCAGCUGCUUGAGCACAGCUGGAUCCAUGUGGGGGGGCCUGUAGUCAGUGGCGUUGGGGCUUGUAAGAUGAGACAUAAAGUUGAUAGACUGUUACAUGGAGUGGGAAGGUGGAAAGGUGGCAAUGCCCUCUUUGGAUUUCAUAAGGGAAAGUUUCCUCUCCAUGGGCCAGGGGAAGGAUCCUGGUACAGCCCAGUUGCUACUGAGCCUUGGUGACACUGUCUAAUCCUCUCAGCAUCAGUCUGCUUUUCCCAGUGUUAUUCUGCUGUGGGGGAAAACACUGAAUACAAGAGAUUAGAGAAGCUUGAGAUGGAGAGAGUGCAGCAUCUGGUUUUGUUUUAGCUAUGGGCUGAGGUGUUUAACAUUAUAUUUUUGUAUAUCUGCUGGAACAAUGUCCUGUGAAUGCAUUCACCAGUUGGUAUUUCUUGCUGCAGGUGGGAAUUCAGUGUGAAGUUAGGAUCCCCAGAAGUCACUGGAAAAUAAAAGAAAAUUGAAGUAAGCUGAGUGAGCAAACUGCAGACCCUUUGGGAGAUUGAAAAGCGAAGUUAAAUCUUCCAACAAAGACUUUGGAAAAUGUGGACAAAGUGAAUUUAUGUGAAGGUUGGCACAUGGAAGAUGGAUGGUGACAGCUCCACAACAGAUGCUUCUCAGUUAGGAAUUGCUGGAGAUUACAUUGGUGGCAGUCACUAUGUGAUACAGCCUCACGAUGACACAGAAGACAGCAUGAAUGAUCACGAAGAUACAAAUGGUUCAAAAGAGAGUUUUAGAGAACAAGAUAUAUAUCUUCCAAUUGCAAAUGUGGCAAGGAUAAUGAAAAAUGCCAUACCCCAAACAGGAAAGAUUGCUAAGGACGCAAAAGAAUGUGUACAAGAGUGUGUAAGUGAAUUUAUCAGCUUUAUAACAUCAGAAGCAAGUGAGAGGUGUCACCAAGAGAAAAGAAAGACCAUCAAUGGAGAGGAUAUUCUCUUUGCCAUGUCUACCUUGGGGUUCGAUAGCUAUGUUGAACCUUUGAAGUUAUACCUCCAAAAAUUCAGAGAGGCAAUGAAAGGAGAAAAGGGAAUUGGGGGAACAGUUACAACUGCAGACGGUCUAAGUGAGGAGCUCACAGAAGAAGCAUUUACUAACCAGUUGCCAGCAGGCUUAAUAACCACAGAUGGCCAACAGCAGAAUGUUAUGGUCUACACAACAUCAUAUCAACAGAUCUCUGGUGUUCAACAAAUUCAGUUCUCAUGAUUUUGAAGAAAACUUUCCAUCUGGGAACAUGAGACGGAAAACCUGUGCAACUCUAACGAAGAGGCAGUUUUAAUGACUGGUGAAGAGAUUUAUCUCUUUGUAUAUUAAAUAGCUGUAAUGUAGCUACCAGAAGCUUGACUAAUUGAGGUGUGAGUUCUGACUCAAAUCUUUUUCAUGAUGAUUUUAAAGAAAGAAUUGGAUUUUAAAGGUAUUAAAGUAUUUUUGUUUUGUACAAGAGUUUGUUGCUCUGUAUAACUCCUGUAUGCAUUGUAUAUUGCAAUUUAUUACUGUCAGAGAUUUGUAGACAGUUUCUUAUUUUCAUAUUGAAUCAUGUUACUUUUGUAAUUCAGGUAAACAGCUGGGUUAAUUCAUGUUUGCCCUUUGAAUAAAAUUGUAAGGGUAAAGUUCAUUUUUGAAUGCAAGUUGCCUUUAUUAUAAAGAUUGAGUUAGUCUUGGUUAUGUAACUUGUCUUGCAUGACAGCUUCAGCUAACUUUACAUGUCAGCUUAUUUAUUGAAAUUUUGAAAGGGACUUUUUCCUCAUGAAACUAGCAGCUCAAGAGAAUUGCUGCAAUUGUUUUUUCUAACGUAACUUCUGAAUUAAAGGUUAAUCAAAACCAAUGAAUGCUCUACUACAUUUAGAGGUUUAGAGCUUAUCAACAGUGUUAAUGAAAGCACUGACUGUGCGAUGCAGGUAUUAUGUUUUUUUUUCCUUUUUUUUUUUCAGUUCCAUUAACUCCUUAGACUUACUUUGAUAUUUUUAAGGUAGUCUUUCUGCUAUUGAAAGAACUCUUCCUUUUUAUGUAUGGCUUUUAGAAUCCCAAACUUAGAAAUCCAAGGGUAGGGGGGAUUUUAUAGUCCUUGUGGUAAAAGAUCUCAUUUUAACUUUUUACUGAAAUGUUUUAAUGUUUCUUGUGAGCCUGUGGGAACUCAAAAGUGGUUGUGACUUUGUGUCCAGGCUGCGCGUGGUGUGUGAGUGAGUGUGUGUGCACGAGUGGCUGAACAAGUGAUACAAAUCUGAAAUGGAAGACAGACUUCAGGUUUGCUGUCUCUUUCCUGGUUUUGCAAUAAACUACCUAGGCAAUGUAAUUCUGUAUAUUUAGUGAGCUGUUCUUGGUAACAUUGCUGUUUCUUUAAUAAUUGGGUGGGUAAUUUUGUUGCCAUGUCUUAGCCUAUCUAGGUAGGGGUGGGGGUUUUAGUAGUAUCUUAUUCAGACUGAAUUUUGGGACCUUUGGUAUUUUUACUGUUUGCAGUGGGCUGAAACGUAAUAUAUUAAUUAUCUUCCCACAUACCUGUUAUUAAUUUAAGCAAACCACACCUUGAAACUGUUGCCAUAUGAAUUCUUGCUGGCUUUGUCUUUUCUUAAAAAAGAAAAGUAACAGUUUAAUAUUGGGAAAUUAGCAUAACCUAAGAUAUCCCAGGAGCCUGAAAUAGGCAGUUCUUCAGCUAAACAAAAAUUUUAUAUGCAGAUUGAGCAGUGUUUCUUACCAGCCAGCAUCCUGCUGGCAGAGCCUCUGGAGGCGAUCCAGUGUAUUCCGGGCAGUCUGUGUGGAUGUGCUGGGCUUUGUGGCAGCCUGUCGGUCUUCAGCAGCUAUGGCUGAACAAAUGGAGUUUCUCAUUAAAUGUAAAACUGAAUAACACAAUCCUUUCAUGAGCCCCUUCUGUUUGUAUUCCAUUUAUUUCAGGCCAGCAUAGCCUUCUUGCUGUUCCCAGAUUUGCAAUGGAAAAAAGCUGUGAUACCAUCUAAGGAGAAGCUAGGAAAGAUUUGGCAUUUUGAUGUAUAGAAAAUGGGUUGAGGUGAUCCCACACGCUUGAAACAAGCAACAUUUUUCAGGCUCCCCUCUCUGCUGUGACUUUAGGUUAAAGUGUGUAAAGUUUGUGGUUUAUACACCAUCAUGUGAGCAAUGAAGCUGAUGCUGUUUUUUUUUUUUUCUUUCUUCUCCCCUCACACUCUGAGGGACAGGGACAAAGCUGCAACUAACUUCUCAUUCUCUUCCUAAAACUACAGCAGUAAAAAUAAUAGUACAA